AUGUAUUCCUUUCCGACGAACAACACUGUGGACUUGACCAAGUCGCCGGGCAACAGUCCGCGGAAGAGUGCGGUGCGGACCAACAAGCAAAACUUCAAUCCACAUCUAGGAGCGAGGAAGCUGGUAGUCAAGAACUUUCGGCCACAGGCGAAGACAGACCCGACGAUAUAUCUCAAUCAGGUAUGGGAGAAGCUGGACAAGGCAUUGGCGGUUGUGUUCAAGAGCGGGAAGCUGGACUUCUCGCUGGAGGAGCUAUACCGGGGUGUAGAGAAUCUUUGCAGGCAGGGACAUGCACAGGAGGUCUGCAACAGGCUGGAGAAGAUAAGCGAGAAGUACGUGGCAGAGGGGCUGCGAGGACCGCUGCUAGAGAAGCUGGGAAAUAAGAGCGUGGAUCUGCUCAGGGCAACUUUGGCAGCUUGGACAACAUGGAAUGAGCAACUGAAAUAUGUCUACUGGAUCUUCUGCUACAUGGACCGCUCGUAUCUACUUCAACAGUCCAAAUCACUUCAGGAGAUGGCCAUAUCGAUGUUCCGAAACAUAGUCUUCCAAGACCCGCAGCUGAAUCCAAGGAUAGUGGAUGGAGCCUGUGAUUUAAUCUCAGCCGACCGAGUAGGAGAGAAUCUAGAUCGGCAGCUUUUUUCAGAGACUAUCAAGAUGUUCCACGAGAUGCAAGUGUAUACAACAUCUUUCGAGCCACGAAUGCUAGAGCUCUCGCAGUCGUUUGUUGCGGAAUGGGCAGUCAGGGAAAGCGCAGACCAAUCUCUUCCUGAGUAUGUUGAAAGCUCGGUGAGAUUGAUCAGGAGCGAGAUGGAGCGUGUGGAAAUAUUCAGCUUGGAUUCUACCACGAGAAGAGACCUCCUCACACUUCUCGAAGAACAUCUGAUUGAGAAGCGGAAAGACCGGCUCGUCAAUCAGGACGACGUCGCGGACCUAUUGGAUGAGAACAGAGUUCAGUCACUAGAACAGCUAUACACCCUCCUAGAACGACGACGCCUAGGGUCGAGCCUUCGCCCUUCGUUCGAAAAGUGGAUCGAUGAUACCGGGACUGGUAUCGUGUUCGACGACAAAGAGCAGGACGAUAUGGUUGUGAAACUCUUAUGCUUGAAGAGGCAGCUCGAUACUAUCUGGAAGGUGUCUUUCCACCGGGACGAGCAGCUAGGUCAUGCCCUUCGGGAAUGUUUCGAGGCUUUCAUGAACAAAACCAAGAAAACUAGUGCGACUUGGAACACGGACAAUUCAAAGCCUGGAGAAAUGAUCGCAAAGUAUGUGGAUAUGCUUCUAAGAGGCGGAGCGAAGGCCAUCCCAGCACAACUAUCGUCAAUCGCAUCUAAGGCUGUGACUGUUGCCGAAGAUGACAACGAGGACAUCAUCUUUGACGAAGAUACUGAGAUCAACAACCAACUUGACCAGGUCCUCGAUCUCUUUCGGUUUGUCCAUGGCAAGGCAGUAUUCGAGGCUUUCUACAAGAAAGAUCUCGCUAGGCGGCUACUCAUGGGUCGAAGUGCAAGUGCCGAUGCUGAGAGAAGUAUGCUAGCCAAGCUGAAAACAGAGUGCGGAUCCUCCUUUACAGCCAACCUAGAGCAAAUGUUCAAGGACGUCGAGCUGGCGCGAGAAGAGAUGGCUUCGUACAAAUCCAGGAUGGCCGAACGAUCAGAAAAACAGUCUGUGGAUUUAUCCGUCAAUAUUCUGUCCGCAGCUGCGUGGCCUACCUUCCCAGAUAUCAAAGUCAUCAUUCCAAUCGACAUCAAGAAUGCGAUUGAUAAAUUCGAGGUUCAUUACGAGAGCAAGCACAAGGGGCGAAAAUUGGAUUGGAAGCACGCUCUGGCGCACUGUCAGAUCAAGGCUAAAUUUCCCAAAGGGAAUAAGGAGUUAGUCGUCAGCUCGUUCCAGGCUAUCGUAUUGCUGCUCUUCAACGACUUGGGUGUCGACGAGAAGCUGAGCUACCAGCAUCUCAAGGAGGCCACUGGGCUACCACCGGCCGAGCUUGCUCGCACGCUACAAUCUCUCGCCUGUGCUAAACUCCGCCCCAUCACCAAACACCCCAGAGGCCGUGACAUCAACCCCACAGACCAAUUCUCUCUCAAUGCAAACUUCAACGACGCGAAAUACCGCAUCAAGAUCAACACGGUGCAGCUCAAAGAGACCAAGGAGGAGAACAAGGCGACGCACGAGCGCGUUGCCGAAGAUCGCAACUUUGAGACUCAGGCAGCUAUCGUGCGCAUCAUGAAGAGCCGAAAAACCAUCACGCACGCAGAGCUCGUGGCGGAGACCAUCAAAGUCACGAAGAAUCGGGGCACGUUGGAUAUGGCUGGGAUCAAGCGGAAUAUUGACCGCUUGAUUGAGAAGGACUAUAUGGAGAGGGGGAAUAGUGGGGCAUAUAAUUAUGUUGCGUGA